AUGGCGACCAAGGAGGCCAAGGCAGCUGCGCGCGCACGUUUCGAGGGCGUCUUUGACCAGAUUGCCGACGAGCUCCUCGCCUACACCAAAGCCCAGGGCAUGCCCGCCGAGGCUAUCAAGUGGUACAAGGACAGCUUGUACUACAACGUCCCAGGCGGCAAGCUGAACCGCGGCCUGUCGGUUGUCGACACCCUCGAGAUCCUCAAGGGAGCACCGCUCAGUGAGGACGAGUACUUCCGCGCGGCGCUGUUGGGCUGGUGCAUCGAGCUGCUGCAGGGCUUCUUCCUCGUAUCGGACGACCUCAUGGACGCCAGUAUUACCCGCCGCGGACAGCCGUGCUGGUACCGCCAGAAGGCCGUUGGCAACAUUGCCAUCAACGACAGCUUUAUGCUCGAGGCCGCCAUCUACUAUCUCCUCAAGAAGCACUUCCGCCAGGAGAAGUACUAUGUCGACCUCCUCGAGCUCUUCCACGAGACCACGUUCCAGACCACCCUUGGUCAGCUCAUCGACCUCAUCACCGCCGACGAGCACCACGUCGACCUGUCCAAGUUCUCGCUCGAGAAGCACCACCUCAUCGUCGUGUACAAGACGGCCUUUUACUCGUUCUACCUCCCUGUGGCCCUUGCGAUGCGCGUCCACGGUAUCCAGGACGAGUCCGCGUACAAGGCUGCCCUCGACAUUCUCAUCCCCAUGGGCGAGUACUUCCAGGUCCAGGACGACUACUUGGACGCAUACGCCCCACCCGAGGUGCUUGGCAAGAUUGGCACCGACAUUCUUGACAACAAGUGCUCGUGGAACGUCAACAUUGCCCUCAAGUAUGGCACGCCCGAGCAGCGCAAGGUCCUCGACGACAACUACGGCAAGAAGGACGCCGAGUCCGAGGCGCGCGUCAAGGCCAUCUACUCGGAGGCACCGAUUUCGAUCCCGGAGCGUUUCGAGAAGUACGAGAAGGAGAGCCACGACCGCCUGACCGGCCUCAUCAACCAGAUCGACGAGGUCAAGACCGGCCUCAAGCGUGACGUCUUCGUCUCGUUCCUCAACAAGGUGUACAAGCGCACCAAGUAA